AUGACUGAUAAACCGAAUUCAUCCGCGGCCAGCUUCCGCACCUUCAUCGAGGAGUUAGUCAAAGAGAACGACCUGCUAAGCAUCAUGAAAGAGGUAGAUCCUCAUCUGGAGCUGGCAGCCAUCACACGAAAGGUUUACGAAACCAGAGACAAGGCUUCUCUCUUCCAAUGCGUCAAGGGUCGCACCGAACAGGCCUCUUUCGUGUUCUUGGGGCACCAGUCGGAGCGAGCAAGCUCCCUGGCAAGCGUUUCAUCCGCAUCGCAAAGUCGUUGGGGCUACCGUCUACAUCGAGUGGGCGAGAUAUAA